CCGCCUCGAUCCCAUCGAUCCCAUCCAUUCACUCACCAGCCAAUCCACCAAGUAAACUUUCUUUUUCCUUUCCUUGCUUGCUUGCUUGCAAGCAUCCAACUCCAACACGAACACACCCCACAGCCUUGGCUCUCUUGGUUCGAACCACACCUCCCACACCACACCACACCACACCUCCCACCACACCACAAGGCACCUCCCUCUCCUCAUUCCCCUUCCUCUCUCCGAAGCCGUAUGUACCAUGAGCCAGCGUGAGCUCACCUGCAACAUGAGCUGGUACCGCGGGAGGACGACCUCCACGUCCUCCAUGGCGUCCGACGCCAGCACAGCGCCCAAGCACACGGCCACCACCAGCACCAGCACCACCAGUAGCAGCAGCAGUAGCAGUGCACGCGGCCUGGACAGCGCGUAUGCCUCUGUGCCAAGCUCGCCCGACCGGGUCGCAGCAUCGUCCAUGACCUCCUCGUCGUCCAGCAGCGUGGCCGUUGAGGAGCAGUACUACCACCGCUACAACCAGCGCUGGGGCGCACCAGCCACAGACGCAGCGCCAAUGACCACGAGCAAGGCGCCGAAGGUGCCGGUGAUUACGACAACGCCGCCCUCACCCUUCUUCGCCAAGCGCUCACAAACACAGCCGCAGCAGCAAAUGCACGACCACGGCCACCGUGACCGCCCCAACCACGACCACGAGCACCAGCACGAUGACCUGCACACGCUGUGUGAUCUGCCGCGGGAGGUGAUCCAGCAGCACGUGCUGCCGCACCUGAGCGUGGACGAUCUGUGUGCUCUGCGCUGCAGCUGCUGGUUCCUGCACGCCACGGUGGAUGAGAUGCGCCCGUACAAGGUGCUGUGGCGCGUGACAGCGGUGUACCGGCAGCAACAAGAGCGCGGGCCGCGCCGCCGCUCCAACCCGGUCAUCCAGCUCGUGCACGACACCAUCGCCGUCAUGCCGCCGCCAGCGGUGCCGCCGCCGCGCAUGGCGGAGUCGGCCGUCCGCCUGUACACGCGCUUCUUCCCGCGCGAGCGGCCGCACUUGAAGACGCCGGAGGCCGUGGUGGACGUGGCCAGCGUGGCGGCGCUGGUUGGCGCGGCGCGCGUGCUGCACCACCUGCUGACGCUGCCGCCGCUGCUGGCUGCCGAGCACAAGCAGCGGUCUGCGGCCAUGCUGCUGUGCAUGCGCGUGGCGGUGAAGAUGGGCCACGUGGCGUGCAUCCGGGCCAUCUUCGAUGCCAUUGGAAAAGUGGCGGACAGCGUGCCCCCGCUCAUCUGCCGCGAGUCCCUGCUGGCCUUCUUCGACCAGAGCCUGCAGAACGGGCACGCGGACGCGGCGCGGUUGCUUGCAGGCAAGGCCAACUACUCCGAGCAGCAGCAGGUGGCGGACGCGCUGCACGCCAACGCGCCCGUGCUCAACAGCCCGCGCACGGUCGACUACUUUCUCUCGCUGAGCGUGCCGGAGGAGGACCUGCUUGACCUGGCCAGCAUUGCCGUGGCGCACGCGUGCGAGGACGGAAACGUGGCGCUGCUGGACCAUCUGCUGCGCAACCACGCGCAGUACGCCCGCGUGCACGUGCCGCACAUUGAGGCGGCCGUCAGCCGCGACCGCGCCUUUGUGCUUGCAUGCUUGCACAACGCGCUCGACCUGCGGCGCCAGCACUACACGGACACGCUGCCGGGCCUCACGCACGCGUGGCCGCUGCUCGGGCAGAUGUGCCGGUGCGGUGCCGUCAAGUGCCUCGACUUUGUGCGCCGGCAGUUUGAGUUUGACGAUGCCAUGCUGGCCAUCGUGUCCACCAACCUCAUGAGCAUGUGCGCGCCCAGCUUCGGCUUUGCCCUGUCGCGCGUGCUGCAGUUUCUCACCCGCACGCAGUUGCAUGCGCGCGUGCCCGUCUCGUGCUGGCAGGCCGUGGCUGCGGGCUGCUGCCGCUUUGGGUUCACCGACGCCCUGCAUGUCCUCCUCACCCAGUGCUUUGGCUUCACGGACUCUGAUGGUGACAAACGCAGCAGUACAUGCAGUGCAUGCAAGCACGUGGGAGGCAACGACAACAGCGACAGCAGCAGUGACGCAAAGAAGCGUGGCUGCGCUAGCAACACAGCCACGUCAAUCCCCACCUCUCCCAGCAGCAGCGGCACCACCACCACCGCCACAACAUCGGCAACACCAUCGGCAACACCAUCGGCAACAUCAACACAUCCAAUUAUGCAUGUGGAUCGGCGUGUGGUGCGCAAUAUGGAGGCGUGUGCGGGGUGCCGGCUGGUGGUGGCGCGUGCCAUCUUCCUGACGACGGAGGAGGCCGCCUUUACACAGCAGUGCCCGCUCCUGACGGCGGUGCUGGGCGGAUACACGGGCGUGGUGGGCAUGCUGCACAAGUACGGCGUGUUCUCGCACAGGGACGAGUCUCGCCUGCGCCUGUUGACGACGCUGGUUCGCGCCAUGGGCCACGCACAGCGGCAGGAUGAGAGCGGUGCCGGCGACAUGCACUCUCCUUUGAUCAUGCCCUGGGCACGUGCUGAUCCCGCGCACUCCAUGUCCCCGCCGGCGCCGGCUGCGAUGCACCCGCGUGCUGGCGAUGCGCUGACACCGCGAAGGCGGCAGCGGCGCGGGUCGUACGCAGCAACGCACAACGCGCUGGCCGGCAUGAGCUUGCGUCAUGGCGUGCGACUCUCCUCCAUUCACUCAAGCGCGGGCAUGCUGAACCUGCUGUGGGAGGAGGUUGGCCUGGCACGCGUGUAUCUGCAGCAGCCGAAGGACCUGUGCGAUCUUCUCUCGCACGCGUGCUGCUUUGACCUCAUGGAUGUGCUCAACUUGGUGUUGUUGGACCUUGACGACAGCGCCGUUGCGCAAUCCGCCCUUACUGCCGUGCAGGCGUGGCCGCAGGACGUUCAGUCCACCCACGCCGCGCAGCUUGUAGUGCGCCACCUCAUGCGCCGCUCUUGAGUGGUGGGUGGUGUGCAUGAUGGUCGCUCUGGUACUUGCUGGUUUGGUUAUUGAUUUAUGUACAUACAAACCUGUCUCCUGCAUGUGUGUGUGUUGCUUGCGUGCAUCAGAGGUGUUGUGUGAAGUGCUGCUGUUGUUGUGUUGAAUGAAAUGGAAUGGUGUAUUGUUGGAUAACAGGACCAUAAAAUGUACGAAAAC